AUGCCGCCACGCAUCCGCUAUUACGGCCAACGUGGGCCCAAGCAAGCCAAGCCCGUCAACAAUGACAUCCGUCAUUAUUUUGAUCCCAUUCCACAAGCUCAUGACACUUCGGAAGUUUGGAAAACAAAGCCGGAACUUCCCUCGAGUCAGGAACUCAUGGGGACUACUGAAAGCGAAGACGCAGCCGGCCCCAUCGGAAACCGCAUCGAUGGACCUUGGGAUUCUAAGGAUGAGUAUCUAAAGACCCAUUAUGAAUUGCUCCGAGAGGAUUCAAUUUCACCUCUCCGGACUGCUGUGAACAUGUUACGUGCUGAUCCUUGGAUGAUGGAUACGAAUGAUAUCGCUGUGUAUGAGAAGGUCUUCAUUACCGGUAUUACUGCAGCCCGGGCCGGGUUGGCUCUGCACAUCCAGUUCUCAACCCGCCGCGCAGGCAAAAACAUUGCAUGGACAUACUCGAAUCGUCUUACUCCCGGAGCAAUCGUUGCUCUUACUCCCAGAGAAGAUGCCUUUUCGAAGAAGUGUGUUCCAGCCGUGGUGGCUUGUCGGAUGACAGAGAAUAUUGAGAAAGAUCCCCCCGAGGUAGAUAUCUUCUUGGUCGAACCCGAAGACAUGGAGAUCGAUCCUCAGCAGGAAUGGAUCAUGGUCGAGCAUCGAAUGGGAUACUAUGAGGCAACUCGGCAUACAAUGACAGCACUGCAGAAGCUGUCAAAGGAGAGCUUCCCUUUGAGUGAGCAUAUUUGCGAAGUGAAGAAAGACAUCGGCCCACCUGAGUACCUCAAAGCCAAGCCAGAAAUGAACUUCAAGCACCUGUCUCAGGACCCGAAGCUCGACGUCGGCAAGUACAAUGUUCUUGAGCAAUGGCCGUCUGAGCCAAUUGGAAGACUCGAUGCCUCCCAAUGGUCAGCCCUGAAAGAAAUGUUCGUCAAACGACUGGCCAUUAUCCAGGGACCUCCUGGAACGGGCAAAACCUUUACCUCCCUGGUAGCUCUCCGAAUGCUCCUCGCAAACAGGCGCCCACACGAUCCGCCAAUUAUCAUCGCAGCCCAGACAAACCAUGCUCUGGACCAGCUGCUUCGACAAGUUGCCGCAUUCGAGCCCAAGUACAUCCGACUGGGAGGACGAAUUACGGAUCCCGAAAUCCGCAAGCACGGCACGUAUGCCCUGAGACAGGAACAGGGGCCUAACUUUACGAUCGAGGGAACUUUACUCGACCCCGCGAAAAAGAAACAGGACAAGAUCACGGCUGAGAUUAAGGGGAUGCUGAAGAUACUCUCGCCAACAAACAGCGAAAAACCCAUUGGGAUACAGACGUUCCUACGGUACAAGAUUUUGAGCCAAGUUCAGGCUGAUUCAUUGCGGAAAACUUCGGGGAAUUGGCAGCGAUCUGGCACCAUUGCGAAAACAGAUCCCAUCACUGCUUGGCUUGUGGACUCCCUAAAGGAAUUUUCAUAUCGUUACGUCGGUGAUUUUGGGUUCGCCGAAGAUGAUAUUGACCGGGAGUACGAACAGCUGAAAGAAAUUGAGGUCGAACAUGGAAGCCUUGACGAGGACUUGUCCACUUUCAUGAGUCAGUUCAUUCCAUUCGGACCUGGACUCUGCAGCGCCGAGUCGUCAAGGGUCUCUGAUAGCUUGGUGAAAAAGCAACUUGAACAGCGAGACCUCUGGAAUAUCCAGAGAAGAUACCGUGGUGCUGUUUACGACUACAUGCGCCAGCAACUGCUUCUUAAGUUGAGGAAAGAGGUGUGUCGCCUUGCUAAGGACUACGAAGAUGCCACUCGCAGAUACAAAAUCGGUAGAUUUGAGCGAGACUACUGCAUCCUCGAAGAAGCCAGGGUCAUCGGUAUGACCACCACUGGUCUCAGCAAAUACCGGGGAUUGAUCUCGGCUCUGAAACCCCGAAUCAUUCUGAUCGAAGAGGCAGCCGAAGUUAUUGAAGCGCCAGUUGCCGUCGCCUGUCUUCCCUCACUCGAGCAUUUGAUUCUCGUCGGAGACCACCAGCAGCUCAAGGGUCAAUGUGCAAAUCACACGCUAGCUGGCGAACCUUUCUAUCUUGACAUGUCUAUGUUUGAGCGUCUCAUCAGGAACCAGAUGCCUUACAUCGUACUCCAAGUGCAACGCCGAAUGAUUCCAGAGAUUAGAAGCCUCUUGACCCCCGUCUACGGCAACCUACUCCAUGACCAUCCAUCAGUCGAGAAUCAUCCCUAUGUUCCUGGCAUGGGAGGCAUUAGGUCCUUCUUUUUCAGUCACACCACACCUGAAAGCAGUGAUAGUUUGGCAUCCAAAGUCAAUGAUUUCGAGGCGUCGAUGGUGAUCAAGUUCCUAAUCUACCUUGUGAUGAACGGGGUCGCGCCUGAGAAAAUCACUGUCUUGACUUUCUACAACGGCCAAAAGAAGUUGCUUCUGGGGAAGAGAGCACUGAACUCCAGAAUCUCUCUACCUCACAUCAACGUUCUUACAGUGGAUUCUUACCAGGGCGAAGAGAAUGAUAUUAUCAUUCUCUCGCUUGUCCGAUCCAAUGAGCAUCGAGGUAUCGGCUUUCUUGCCCAGGAUAACAGAGUCUGCGUCGCCCUAUCCCGGGCGAAAUAUGGCCUCUACAUCUUUGGCAAUUCACGUUGUGUUCAGGGGGGAAGCGAGUUCAUGGACAAGGUUGUCAAGAUGAUGUCUGAGGACAUUCCGUACCGCAGAGUUGGAGACCUGAAAGACUGGGACAACAUCACCGACGGAUGCGAGAAACCCUGUGGCGGGACUCUGGUUUGCGGACAUAAGUGUCUCCGCCAAUGUCACGGUGACGCACACGACUGGCGUUCCUGCAAGAAGCGCUGCACCGCCAAGCGUCCCUGCUGCGGAGCGACCUGCAUUUGCGCGUGCUCCCCACCGCACGAACACGAUUGUAACUGCCCCAAUGGCAAGGAGCAGAAAGUCCAGGUUUAUGGCCAGAAGGCCAUCGAAAACAUCAACCCUGCCGCUGCUGCCACCAAGGCUAUUACUGGCCCCGUUGCCACCCGUGCUAUCACUACUACCCCGACUGCCAAAAAGCCUCUGACCGGCCCUGAUGCCGAGCGAAUUAAAGAGGAACGUGCCAAGGGUUUGCAGCGCUGGAAGGACUUUGCGUCGGGCGGCGCUCUGGUGGACGAUUACCGUCGAGCUGGAUGGGUGCUUCGGGAUGGACACUUUGAGAGAACUACUAUCUCAGCUACUCCCCCGAUGGAAAGGAAAGGAGUGAAAAUUGUAACUCCGGCCAAAGUUGAGACCCUAAUUGAUCUCGGCGAGGAAGAUCAUCCUCAGAAACCGAUCGAGCAAAAGAAUCAGCGUCUUAUCACUGCUCCGGCCAUCCCCAAAGUCAUCGGUGGCAUCCAGCAGAAUCUGAUUGAUUUCGACGAUGGUGGGCUGCAGGUGGAGGGUCUUACAAAGCCACUCCAGGUUACUGCUGCGGUUGAUACCGUUUCGCCAGCGAAGGACAAGCAAGUUUCUUCUGCUUCUGUGGGCGGCAAAGAGAAAGUCUCUGUGGCUAAGGAGAAUCUCUCGCCAAAAGCCAAGGAAACCAAGGAAAAGCAGGUUUCUUCUGUGGGCGAGAAAGAGAAACCCUCUGUGACUGAGAAGAAUCUCUCGCCAGCAGCCAAGGAAAAGCACGUUUCUUUUGCUUCUGUCAGUGACAAGGAGAAACCCUCUGUGUCCAAGAAAAACCUCGGGCCAAAAGCCAGGGAAAUCGACAACGUUCCUUUUUCUUCAUUCCCUGCCGACAUACAAGCUGCUGUGCUCAAUAAUACAGGCAAUAGGCGACUGCCUUCUCCUGCUGCCAGGACAGGUGUGGUUCCGAAUAUGGGGACCUUGAUUGACCUUGACUAG